AUGAACUCAACACCUCAGCAAGAAUCAAAAGCCCUCAUCGAGUUCAGGCCAUUCUCACGCUUGCCAUUCGAACUUCAAGCCCGAAUUUUCAAAGAAGCACAACCUGGUCCUGUGGUCACCGAAUUGCUUUUAUUUAUCCAUGUAGAGGGAAAUCAUAGAUCAUUUACUGUUACUCCUCCUAGAAAUUAUGGGCUGAACAGUUUACUACUAGCUUGCAGAGAAUCACACGCAGAGAUCUUUCGCAGAUUUCUAAAAUUUGAAGUCAUGACCCCGCCUUUACUUGACGACUAUGUGUGGAAGCGCAGCAGUCACUUUCGGCCUAAUAUCGAUAUUCUUCUUGUCGAGGCCACAAUGAUGCUGCAAUUAUAUGACAUGGGCGGAAGCUUAUCUGUAGAGAACAUUACACAGUUGGCGUUGGAUGUAUUUCAAGAAUCGUGGUAUUGUCCUCGUACGACCUUUAGCGCCAGAAUGAACAACGCAGCCAAGCUAUACACGUUCCUGAGUAACCAUUGUCCGGCUCUCUCAAAACUGUGGCUCAUAGUUGAGACAGAAGCUUCUCCCAUAGAGUCUCCAUCAAGCACGCACCUACUUCGAAUGCUGGAUGUUUCAGAUGGAUUGAUGGAUCUUGAUUUGCGCGUACAGUACGCCCCAGGCCUAAGCGACCGACAAAGAUACUUGCAAAGAAUGUACUUGCAGAUACAAAUGAAUAAUAUCAGAGGAUACGCAGACAAGAUUGCUGGAGACUUCAGUCGGUUUUUUGAAUACGAAAGAAAGUGA